AGCGCUUCUGUGAUCAUGGCGGACGAGAAUCCUGAGCUGCAGUCCGCUCUGCGCGACCUUGACAAGGAAUUGGAGGAAGGUGAUAUCACCGAGAAAGGAUAUCAGAAACGGCGCACAUUACUCCUCUCGCAGUUUUUCGGGCCUAAUAUGGCACUAGACCUCAAUACUCCUACAUCCGGAAAUGCUCCCUCAUCAUUCACCAGUUCAACUCACCCGCCUCCGGCUAUCCUCAACGUCAGACCCCCUACGGCCGAUUCCACAAGCCAUGGUGGGCCGUCGGAUUCCUUCUCGAACGGCCGCGAUAGUUUUCAGAACGGGGGCUUCGGAUAUGAUCGGAGGAUAAGUGGCGAGACGCAGGGUUCAUACGAACGAGACAGCAUGUUAUUACCUGGCGACAGAGCCCCGUCAGCCGCUUCUUAUGAUUCUCUUUUCCUUCCGAAGGCACAGCCUGCGCCGCCGCUACAAGAGAAUUCGAGGACGGCAACCCUUUUAAGUCAGAACUAUGCAUUCAAUCCGGGCCCUCCGCACGAUCAUUACGAAGAGCCUGUCGGGGCCUACGAUAUGCCAUCUGGCACUGGUACGCGACAGUCGACCAUGCUCGACUCUCAGCAGGGGUACUUCUCCGAUUUUGCUGGCCAGCAACAGGACGAUUAUAGAGACAGUUACGGUGGUGGCUUUCAUCGCUAUUCCCAAUCAGACACAUUUUCCCCUACGGCAAAUAUGGCACCGCCAUUGAUUCCUGCUUCUGAACUUCCUCACGGACCGGCACUUGAUCACCUACUACCGUUGGAACCUCGGGACAUCCCAUUUGCUGUUCAUGACCCCCACGACAAGAACACCCCCAUGUCUAAUUUCGAAAACAUCCCGGCGGUUCUCCGGCAUCGUGCUCGAGUGCAUGCGAAGCAGCCUGCUUAUUGGGUCCUAGACCAGAAAGGAAAGGAGAUUGCCUCGAUCACUUGGGACAAACUUGCUAGUCGCGCGGAGAAGGUGGCGCAGGUUAUUCGAGACAAGAGCAAUCUCUAUCGCGGUGAUCGCGUGGCUUUGAUCUACCGCGACUCCGAGAUCAUUGAGUUUGCUGUGGCCCUGAUGGGAUGUUUCAUCGCCGGAGUUGUCGCUGUCCCGAUAAACAGUCUCGAGGACUAUCAAAGCCUCAACCUGAUCUUGACUUCCACGCAAGCACAUCUCGCUCUAACUACGGAGAAUAACCUCAAGAGCUUCCAAAGAGACAUCACAACCCAAAAGUUGAAUUGGCCUAGAGGGGUAGAAUGGUGGAAGACGAACGAGUUUGGCAGCUACCACCCAAAGAAGAAAGACGAUACCCCACCGCUCGUGGUUCCCGAUCUGGCUUACAUUGAAUUUUCAAGGGCCCCUACCGGAGAUCUGCGUGGUGUUGUCAUGAGCCAUCGAACGAUUAUGCAUCAGAUGGCUUGUCUCGGUGCAAUAGUUUCGACGGUGCCUGCAUCUUCGAGCGCAGCGAAACAACGUGGAGAGACUCUUAUCAGCUACUUGGAUCCCAGACAAGGCAUUGGAAUGAUUUUAGGCGUCCUCCUUACUGUGUACGGGGGCCACACCACUGUCUGGCUUGAAGACCGGGCCGUAGAGACACCUGGUCUUUAUGCUCACUUGAUCACUAAAUACAGGGCAACUCUUAUGGCCGCUGACUACCCCGGCUUGAAAAUCGCAGCCUACAACUACCAGCAAGAUCCAAUGGCCACGCGACAUUACAAGAAGAAUUCUGAACCCAAUUUCGGAUCGGUGAAGCUCUGUCUAAUCGAUUCGCUCACGGUCGAUCCUGAAUUUCAUGAAAUUCUAGCAGACCGAUGGCUUAGGCCCAUGCGCAAUCCCAGGGCUCGAGAAAUUGUCGCUCCAAUGCUUUGUCUUCCUGAACACGGUGGCAUGGUCAUUAGUGUGCGGGAUUGGCUGGGUGGCGAAGAACGCAUGGGCUGCCCUCUGACGCAUGAGAUGGACCCCAGCCAGCGCGAGGGGUUCAGGAAGGAAGAGAAGAAAUCGGAAAAGACUGAGACCAAUAGCGGGUUUGGUAGCAGUCUUUUGGGUGGUGGCUCUUCUGCUCCCGCUCCUGCCUCGCAAGAACAAGGAAAGACUGAAAUGCUCGAGGUCCUAUUAGACAAGGAGGCUCUGAAGAGCAACGAGGUCGUGGUUCUAGCCAUGGGCGAAGAGGCGAAGAAGUUUGCGCCCACUAUGCCUCACGCUGUAAGAGUUGGCUCGUUCGGCUAUCCUAUCCCCGAUGCUACAGUGUCGGUGGUUGAUCCCGAAACCAAUUUGCUAUGCACCCCAAAUGUGGUUGGCGAGAUCUGGGUUGACUCGCCUUCUCUUUCAGGAGGCUUUUGGGCAUUGCCGAAGCAUACGGAAGCUAUCUUCCAUGCACGGCCAUACAAAUUUGAGGAAGGUAACCCCACACCUGUUUUAGUUGAGCCGGAGUUCCUUCGAACAGGUCUCCUUGGCUGUAUAAUUGAGGGAAAGGUUUUCGUCCUAGGCCUUUACGAAGAUCGGCUUCGACAGAAGGUGGAAUGGGUAGAACAUGGACAGGAGAUCGUUGAGCACCGGUACUUCUUUGUCCAACAUUUGAUUGUCAGCAUUCUGAAGAACAUCCCGAAGAUCCAUGACUGCACAGCUUUCGAUGUUUUCGUCAAUGAGGAACAUCUUCCGAUAGUCGUAUUAGAAUCAUACGCAGCUUCGACAGCCCCAACAACUUCAGGUGGUCCUCCACGGCAGCUGGAUUCAGUUCUCUUAGAGUCUCUGGCUGAGAGAUGUAUGGAAAUCCUUUACCAGGAGCACCAUCUGCGCGUCUACUGUGUUCUAUUGACAGCCCCCAAUACACUCCCUCGUGUGACCAAGAAUGGAAGACGCGAAAUUGGAAACAUGCUCUGCCGCAAAGAAUUCGACAAUGGAUCGUUACCUUGUGUUCAUGUCAAGUUCGGCGUUGAGCGGUCAGUCUUGAAUCUGCCGAUCGGAGUCGAUCCCGUCGGCGGUAUCUGGUCUCCACUUGCACUUAUGUCAAGGCAAGAGAUGCUUGCAAUGCAGGAAAAGCAAUACUCAGGAGUUGACUAUCGUGACGUCGUCAUGGAUGAUCGUACGUCUACACCACUGAACAACUUUUCUAGCAUCGUGGAUCUUCUUCAAUGGCGUGUUUCUCGUCAAGCCGAGGAACUCGCUUAUUGUUCCAUUGAUGGUCGUGGAAAGGAAGGUAAAGGCAUCACCUGGAAGAAAUUCGAUCUGAAGGUUGCUGCUGUAGCCAUGUACUUGAAGAACAAGGUCAAGGUUCGACCUGGCGAUCAUUUGAUCUUGAUGUACACCCAUUCGGAAGAGUAUGUCUAUGCAGUCCAUGCCUGUCUCUGCUUGGGCGCGGUGGCAGUUCCUCUUGCUCCCAUUGAUCAGAAUCGUCUUUCUGAAGAUGCUCCUGCAUUCCUCCAUGUUAUCAAUGACUUCCGAGUCAAGGCGAUCAUUGUCAACAGUGAUGUUGACCAUGUCCUGAGGCAGAAGCUGGUAUCUCAGCAUAUCAAGCAAUCUGCGCAAGUCCUACGAAUUGGGGUCCCGGCCAUUUACAACACCACGAAGCCUCCUAAACAGUCUCAUGGAUGUAGAGAUCUUGGCUUUACCGCGAAAGAAACCUGGAAACAAAGCAGUCAGGCAGCCAUGGUUUGGACUUAUUGGACUCCUGACCAAAGGAGAAUUUCGGUCCAGAUCGGUCAUGACACUAUUAUGGGCAUGUGUAAAGUCCAGAAGGAGACAUGUCAAAUGACUAGCAUGAGGCCGGUCUUGGGAAGCGUACGAAGCACUCUAGGACUCGGAUUCCUUCAUACCUGUCUUAUGGGUAUUUAUGUCGGUGCGCCUACGUAUCUAGUUUCGCCAGUCGAUUUCGCCCAGAAUCCUAUGACUCUUUUCGUCACCCUCUCCCGGUACAAAAUCAAGGACACAUAUGCCACAGCCCAGAUGUUAGAUUAUGCAAUGAGCGCCAUGGCUGGUAAGGGUUUCCAGCUGCAAGAGCUGAAAAACCUGAUGAUAUCUGCAGAAGGACGACCGCGAGUCGAUAUUUACCAAAAAGUGCGUCUCCAUUUCGCGUCUACCAGUCUCGACCGCACCGCGAUCAACAUCGUCUACUCCCACGUCUUGAACCCUAUGGUAGUUACGAGGUCGUAUAUGUGCAUUGAGCCUGUGGAAUUAUGGCUCGAUCUGCGCUCUCUGCGUAGGGGACUUGUUUAUCCGGUCGACCCGGAUACUGAUCCCACCGCUCUUGUUCUACAAGACUCGGGUAUGGUGCCAGUCAAUACACAAAUAGCGAUUGUGAACCCGGAGACAUGUACCUUGUCGCAUGUGGGAGAGUAUGGUGAGAUUUGGAUUCAAUCAGAUGCCUGUGCCAAAGCCUUCUAUGGUUCUAGGCAGGAUUUUGAUAUGGAGCGCUUCAACGGACGGGUAGUGGAUGGAGACCCCAACGUGGCGUACGUUCGGACGGGAGACCUGGGCUUCCUCCACACAGUUACAAGGCCAAUUGGUCCUAAUGGCCAACCGGUUGAGAUGCAAGUUCUCUUCGUCCUUGGUGGAAUCGGCGAGACUUUUGAGGUUAACGGAUUGAACCACUUCCCGAUGGAUAUCGAGUCGUCGGUGGAGAGAUGUCACCGCAAUAUUGUGACCGGAGGGUGUGCCGUUUUCCAAGCGGGUGGCCUCAUUGUGGUUGUAGUCGAGGUAACAAGAAAGGCUUAUUUGGCAUCACUUGUUCCUGUUAUUGUUGAUGCCAUCCUCAACGAGCACCAAGUCGUUGCAGAUAUUGUUGCCUUCGUUUCCCACGGAGACUUUCCUAGAUCUCGUCUUGGAGAGAAGCAACGCGGUAAGGUGCUGGCUUCGUGGGUUACCCGAAAACUGCGAACGAUCGCCCAAUUCAGCAUUCGUGACAUGGAAGGCUCUGAAAACCCCUUCGCGGCACCCCAACACCGGAUGAGUCGAAGUUCGAAACCUGGCAGCACUAUGGGCAACAGCACCCGCAGAUCUACUGUUGUACCGGAUACCGAGCCCUUACCCCGGUCGCCCGCUCCGGUUCUUGUCGAGCAUUCUGAAGCAUCCAUACACUCGUAUUCUGGCAUGCAGGAACCUGGCAUUGGCAGCCCUACCGGCACUGCAUCUGAAGGUAUAGCGUCUGUUCCACAGAUUUCUGAACCCUCGCGACCGACGACCGCUUCGACGAAUGGAGUUACUGCCGUAACAGGGGCCGAGCUUCCCUCAGCCAUUGGUCAUCCCGACUUCGGCUUCGAAUUCGGAGACUUCACCCACACGACAGGUGCCGGCUCGUCUACUCAGGCGGGUCCAGGGGCUUCUAUGAUGGCCGAGACUCUUCCCUAUCGAGGUGGCCCAGGACCACAGCCGCAGCAAGCAAGUGGGAACUUCCCUGCGCGGUCCGACUCAUACAACCGAAAGCCCGUUUCCGACACAUUAGAUCGCAGCUCCGGGGACUGGCCACAAGAAGCAUUAAUUUAUCAAUCCACCCUGGGAUUUGACGACGCUCCGAGUCACGAAGGGACACCCUAUCAGCAACGUUAGUUGAGUGCGAAUCGGCAGUUACUGUACUGUACAUAAUAGUCUGUUUGGACGAGGCUGCGAGGCCUAUUUUGCCGAACCGGCUCUGUAUGUGUCUUGUUGACCGACUUGCAGCACCUUCAUGGCACCUCUUCACGUUUUCCAUUUUCCAUUUUGCAUAGCCUGCCCACCAUCAUGAAGCCUCAUCCCUCUCUUUCUUUCCCUUCUUCUCUCUACUCCGAUUGGCUUUAUUCUUUUCUCAUAAAACCUCUAUAUUGCUUUAUUGCCUCCAGUUUGACAAAUAUAUGUGCUCGCCCCCUUGCUUCCCCCGCAACUCCUGCCCCAUGACGAACGACAUGCAUUGUUCUGUAC